AAAGUCCAGUUCCCCAGAAUACUGCACAACAUAGACACCGGUGUGAUUGAAAGUGGAUUAAACAUUACUCUCACCAUCCGGCUACUUACGCUUGGAAAGAAAGUUAGCAGUAUCAUGGGAAAGAAAGGAGAAUCAGUUAAAAUGUGCAAGAAGAGUGAUGCACUUAUCAACAUCUCAGAAGGGAAUUGUCCUGAGAGAAUUAUCACUUUGGCUGGAUUCAGUACUGCCAUCUUCAAAACCUUUGCUAUAAUCAUUGACAAACUGGAAGAGGACAUCAGCAGCUCUAUGACUAAGAGCACAGCUGCCAGUAGACCCCCAGUCACCCUGAGGCUGGUGGUCCCUGCUAGUCAGUGUGGCUCUCUCAUUGGGAAAGGUGGUUGUGAGAUCAAGAAAAUACCAGAGAGAGAGAAACCAAGAUGGCAGCAUAGAAUAGGGGCUCAAGUCCAGGUAGCAGGGGAUAUGCUCUCCAACUCAACUGAACAGGCCAUCACUACUGCUAGCAAUCCGCAAUCCAUCACUGAGUGUGUGAAACAGAUCUGCGUGAUCCUAUUGCAGUUCCCCCACCCCCCCGAAGGACAUGGCCAUCCUGUACUGCCCCAGCCAUCCAGUUCUCCGGUCAUUUUUGCAGGUGGUCAGGCCAAGAUAUAA